AUGGGCGAUGAGGGUAGCAGUUUCAAGGUCGUCGAAGGCGACGCAGACUGCAUGCUCUGGGAAUCUGACGUCUGCAAUGGCAAGAACAGCGGUUUUCACAGCGAGUAUUGGUACAACCACAUCGCACACCUGAAAUACGGCAGCACAGUCUUCAAGUCCUAUCAUCGAUGCGAUCUUUUCAGACACUCGAAUCCGGGCUGUAACUGGGAUGAGGCAAAUCCUGAUGCAAUUGCGGGUGUGAUGCAGGGUAAUGACGGUGGAGUGCUCAAAGAGACUGGGGUUGAAGAUGAUGGUGUGAUGAAGGUGCCUGUGGGUUGGGCUGUUUAG